CAAAUACAAUAUUAUAUUUUACACACACAAAUACACAAUUGUUAUAAAUUAUUUAUCUCCGUGGAGCGAUAGUGUGCGCGUGUGCGUUUUUUCAUGUGUGUGUGUAUGUGCGAGCGAGUUUUAAGACUGCCGUUGGUGCGUUACUACUAAACACUACAAUACCACGUCUCUCUCACUCGCACCAGUCUUCCAUCGACCACCACGAUAUUAUUAUUUUUAUUUGACGUGCUCUUCUUGUGGUGCGUUUCGUAAAAAAAUGGCGUUUUACAUCUCCGCGGGACGUGACGAGUGACAACGAGUGCCGUUAGCCAGAAAAUCAAACAGUACGCCCGCCUAGCGUGCGACGCGCUUACGGUCCUGUUCACCUUACACGCACGACCCGUUUAUUCCAUCCAUCUCGCACGCACUAACUAACCGGUGUUUAGCAGCAAGUAAACAUGCCUGGCGCUUAGCAGCCGCCAGCCGUCAGUCCGUCUCGUGUCGAGUACCGCCGUACGUUGGAUAGGUACGCCAGUAACUAGUAAAAUACUGCUGCACGACUUGCGCAAUUCCGACGUUCUUAUCUCGCGAACGUUCACCGGCCGUUGUUAUUAUCUUUGUUGUUGUUGUUGUUGCGCUCCAUCAACUCCAUCGUCGUCCUAGUACUCAUCAUCAUGGAAGUCGUCGAAGUUAAUGAUUACCAGUGUCAUUCUGACGGCGAAGAAGUCGUCCUACUGGAUCUGGACAAGGCAAAUGGUGUGGAAGACUCGCCAGAGGUGCACGAAGUGACUGUGGACGACGCCAGCGGCAUGGACGUAAUAGAGACGUGCGACGACGAUUCGCAAGAUCGAAUGGAGAUCACUGACGUGGUUAUUGAAAUAAUUCCAAACGACGGGGGUAGUGCGUCUGUUGGUACUGUCGCUGACGGCGAUGUUUCAGCAUCGUCUGUGAACAACGUGUCCAACGAUCAGACUGCCGAGAAGGUAGAUGACGUACAAAUGGAUAUCGAUCUGGAAGAUAAAAUCCCAGAAAAAGUUGACAAUUCUACAAAUGAAGUAAUAGUUAAAACCGAAGAAUUAGAUAAAAGCACUAAUGAUACUACAGAUACUACUGAAUCUAUCAUCGAGAAUAAGGAAGAUACUGAAGAAACGAGUGAAGUUAACAAUAAAACUAACAAGACGAAGAGUUUAGUAAAUGAAACCAAAAAAGCUGAUGGUUCGUUAGUUUUAACCAAAGAUAAAGUAACUGUUACAAUUCCUCAACAUAUCGCUGGACGUGAUAUGGCGUCUUUAUCUGAAGAAACACUUCCUCGAUCUGGAAAACGAAUGUUAAAACCUAGAUUUGGUGUUAAAGUACCUUAUAUACAUAUGACAAGUCAGAUCGUAACUCAAGAUGAAAUCGCUAAGGAGUUAUUUGAAAGAUUUCAACAAAAGUAUCCAAUUACCCGCGUUGAUAAGCCAGACAAACUUUUUUCAAUGAAAUUAUCUCACCGAAUAUCUAAUAACAUUUCUACGUUAAAAACUCCAGAUGGAAAAUUAAAAGAUGUAUCUAAAAGUCCCAAAAAGUUAUCAAGUACUAAAAAUGAAUUACUGAAUAAAAAAACAGAAAAAAUAGAUGUAGAUACGAGUAAUAAACCAGCAAUUAGUAAACCAGAUCCUAUUAAUAAGACAGAUGUUAAAUCACCAAGCUUAACACAAUCUAUAGAAAAUAAUUUAAGCAAUAUUGAAAAUACGAAUGUUCAGGAAUCCAGUAAUGAUUCCAAAGAAUCCAUGGAAGUUAAUGAUUCUAAACAUAUUGAACAAAUAACUAAUACUCUACAAAUUUUAGAUCAGUCUGCCGACCAGCAAGUCAAUAAUGUGUCUGAAGAUAAAAAUGAUGAAAAAAUAUCUUCUAAUGAAGAAUUAAUUGCUAUACUCGAGGAUUUUGAAAAUAUUGAAACACCAGAUACAAAUGGUAACCAAGUUCCAGAAACACCGAUACCCACACCACCAAAACCACCAGUAAUAAAAAAGAAAAUUAUCCGAAGUACUACUAGAACUAAAAGAUCUAAACCAAAAUUAGAUCCAGAGUUAGAAAAACAAAUAGCUUUAAAACAGCUUCAAGAAGUUUCAAGACCAAAAAGAUUUGAUUCUCUUUAUGCUAAAAGAAAAUUAGAAAUUGAAAAGAAAUUAUUAGCCAAAAAUGAUCUUAGUUCUGUAUUGAAACGAAAAAAACCAACACCUGAUGAUGUACCUGAAGUUAAAAUAGCUAUUGAUCAAUAUAUUAAGUCGUAUACAGAUAAACGUCAAUCAACCGUUAAAGUUGAACCAAUCUCCAAUGAUAAUGAUGAGACUAUUAGUGAGAAUACUGAAGAAGUUGUGCCUGAAAUUAAAACUAAUAAUGUUGUUAAAGCAAGAACAAUGAGAGAAAUUAAUCGCCUUUUAGGUGAUGAAGGAGCAAUAAAUAUGAUAUAUUCGCUUGAGAAAAGAAGAUCUCCUGGUAAUAAUAAUGCAAAGAAUAUUCUUCCAUCAACUAGGCGCAAGAAAAAAGACUUAAUGUUGAAAACUAAAUUAGUUAAAAACGCUAUGCUCAAAAUGAGUUCUCCAGCUACUGCGUCAUUGUCAUCUAACCGCCUUGGGCGUCGUUCAGAUGUAUGUACUCCAUCUAUUUCACCUGAGAAUAAGUGUACAAGGAAAACUUCUAUAGAUUCACAGGGUUCUGAUCAGUCUAUUAAUUUCUCUGGUAGAAAAACAAUUCCAGCUGACGAGUCUAAAAUUAUUAGAAAACAUUCAUCUAGUAGUGAAGCAUCUAGUGUCGGUGGUAGUCCAAUACUUCCUGUUCCUGAAGCUAUACCUAUCAAUAACUUGGCUAUAAAACACACGCCUGUAAAAGCCUUGAGAGUAUACACCCGAAAAAAUAAGAACUCCAAUGAUAUAAUACUAAUGGAUUCAAGUGAUCCACCAUUUGUUGAAGUGAGCAAAGGAACAAGUAAAAAUUUGGUUAAAACCAAAAAUUCUGUCAACCAAAAAGUUAAAAAGCAACCAGUGCCAGCAUCAACAAAACUUUCGAGAUCAUUAGCAGAAAGCAUUAAAAAAGAGGUUGAAGAUACUACAUAUAAUGAAAUCACUUUAAGACGUUAUGAUGGAGUAGUACAUAUUACAUUAACACCAGUUUCAACUGUCAUGAAAAAUGCUUUAAAUAUAUCAGUGAUGGAAGAAUUGAUGAAAGAGUUGAAUAAUUUAGAAAAUGAUGAUACUUGUAAAGUGGUUCUAGUGUCUUCUGCUGGCAGAAUAUUUUGUCAAGGUUUGGAUAUAGCACCUCUAGUGCAUGAUGAUCCAGAGAAAUGUAAAGAAGCCGCUUUUAACGUUGCAUCUACUCUUAAGAAGUUUAUCACAUGCUUAAGUGAUUUUCCCAAAUUACUUGUAGCUGGUGUUGAUGGGGCAGCAGUUGGACUUGGCGCUACUAUGCUAGUCCACUUUGACUUAGUUUUUGCUAGUGAUAAAGCAACUUUUGAAACACCAUAUGCACAACUUGGUCAUAUUGCCGAAGGUGCUGCUACAACAAUUUUAGGUAGACUUUUAGUCGCGGAAAUGAUUAUGGGUAGUCAGAGAUUAACUGCUGGACAAGCUCAUUAUUAUGGCUUGGUAACUAGAACAUUAUGGCCAGAUCGAUUCCAUGAUGAACUAAUUCCAUUGGUAAAAGCAUUAGCUAGACAGUCAUUACAGGCAAUGAUAACUUCUAAAGCUCUUCAAAAACAAGAAACCAAAGAUAAAUUGGCAAAAGCAUUAGAGUCUGAAACACAUAUCUUAGUACAACAAUGGACUGGUGAUGAAUGUCAACAAAAUUUACAAGCAUACUUGAAAGAUGCAGUUGACAACAUUAAUACCUAACUAUAUAAUGAAUUUAUAAUUUUUUUAGUGUUCACCGUGCGGCCUCCAAAGUUAAUAAUUUUAUGGGGUUAAAAUGCUACUCGUCAGAAGCAUUGUAUAGAAAUUUAGCUGAUGUUAAUAGGUAGCCAAUAUCUAAAUUAUAGAGGAUUUAGAAUAACUUUUAUACUCUAAUUAUUUCCAACUGAUUCAUUUUUAUAACUAACAAUUGUAUUUUAUUUUAAUUAGGUUUUUUUGGUUAAUUUAUUAAUUGUAAGCAAUUACUUAUAAUUAUAAAUUAGUAAUUUUUUAUUUUCAACCAAUAAAGGGUUCAUUUCACUGGCAUUUAUCAUAGAAAAAGACAGUAUCACA